AUGGCGACCAUUCAAGAUGACGAUGAGCUUCUCUUGGCUCGAAUUGGUUAUAAACAGGAACUACGACGGGAAUUUUCCAAAUGGUCAACAGUUUCUUACGCUAUAUCUAUCCUUGGGGUCCUCGGAUCGGUUCCUGCAACAUUCGGUUCCCCCUUAUCGGCUGGUGGUCCUGCUACGGCAGUUUGGUGCUGGCUGAUUGGUUCCUGCAUGGCCAUGUGCAUCGGAAGUUCUGUAGCGGAGCUAGUGUCUGCAUACCCAACUGCAGGGGGGAUGUACUUUGUCACCAAACACGUCGUGCCCAAAGAUCAAGUCCCGAUUUUUUCAUGGAUUCAAGGAUGGUGCAACCUAUUGGGCCAAACCGCCGGUGUAUCCAGUGUUGCAUACACUAUGGCCAGUAUUCAUAUUCACCUCGCGGCCACCAUCGCCAUCUGUAUCGCGCUUAUUUAUCUUACCCCGGAUAAGAUGCCAGCCUCGUGGGUCUUUACCCACUUCACUGACGGGUCUGGGUGGGGCUCAAAGGUCUUUUCCUUCUUUUUGGGUUUCCUGUCUGUCGCAUGGACGAUGACGGAUUAUGAUGGGACCACACAUAUGUCGGAAGAGACCCACGAUGCCGCUGUUCGAGGACCCCUCGCCAUCAGAACCGCCGUCCUUGUCAGCGGCGUCUUUGGGUGGCUAUUGACCGUCUGUAUGUGCUUCUGUCUAACAGACUUUGACAGUAUCUUGCAUACACCGACUGGUUUACCUGCUGCGCAAAUCUUUCUCAACGCCGGAGGAAGGAUCGGCGGCACAGUUAUGUGGUCAUUUGCCAUUCUAGUGCAAUUCUUCACUGGUUGCUCGGCCAUGCUGGCUGACACUAGAAUGGCAUAUGCAUUUGCCAGAGAUGAUGCCCUGCCAUUCUCAACAUUCCUUGCCAAAGUCAAUUCAUACACACAUACUCCUGUCAAUGCCGUAUGGUUCGUGGUCAUUUUUAGCAUUGGUUUGAACUGCAUUGCUAUCGGCUCCACCGAAACUGCAACGGCGAUUUUCAGUGUUACGGCGCCAGCGCUUGAUCUAUCUUACGUGUCAGUUAUUCUGGCGCACCAAAUCUACAAGUCAAGAGUCAAAUUUGUUGAGGGACCCUUUACACUGGGCAGGUGGGGAGCUCCCAUCAACUACGUCGCCGUUAUCUGGGUCUUGUUUAUCAGCACCAUCCUCUUCUUUCCGACUCAGAUGCCUGUCACGGCAGCCAACAUGAAUUACGCUGUUUGUGUGGCUGCUUUCAUUGCCAUUUUUGCUCUGGUUUGGUGGUGGGUCGAGGCAAGAGGCAAAUACACUGGGCCUCAGACUAAUGACACCAUUCACGAAAUUCCAACCGACAAUGACCUUGAAUCCGAGGAAGAUGAUGAAACAGGCGUGUAG